AGGCGUAUAUGUUUCCUGUGAACAGCAGCUUCUGUGAAAGGAGCCUGAAGCUCAUCUGUUUCGGUUUCCUUUCCUCAGCCUCACCGAGCUCACCGGCCCUUAUAAGAGAGCGCUCAGUGCAGCACUCUCACUCUCCCUGUUACUCACUCUCUCAGCAUGCUCCACUCGAAUCAGCUGGCUUUAGUCAGGCUGCUCCUGCAGCUGUGCAUCAGCAACGUGCACGCGCGUCUCUCUACUCUGCUCAAGUGGACGACUGAAUGGCUGAGAGGGAGAACCGGACAGAGCAAACUGACCCCGAGAGACCAACCCAGAGCGUCCACAGCGGGACAGAGAGAUCCGCACAGAGUUCAGGUCACAACUCCCAGAAGUGUGAACUACCACUUCACCCGCCAGUGCAACUACAAAUGCGGCUUCUGCUUCCACACCGCAAAGACUUCGUUCGUUUUACCCAUCGAGGAGGCAAAGAGAGGAUUACAGCUGUUAAAGGAAGCAGGGAUGGAAAAAAUCAACUUCUCGGGUGGAGAGCCUUUCUUACAUCAGAGAGGCGUGUUCCUGGGUGAAAUGGUGCGCUACUGUAAGCAAGAGCUUGAGUUACCGAGCGUCAGCAUCGUCAGUAACGGAAGCACGAUAAAGGAGAACUGGUUCCAGCAAUAUGGAGAGUAUCUGGACAUUCUGGCAAUCUCAUGUGACAGCUUUGAUGAGGAGACCAACAGAGCUAUCGGUCGAACUCAGGGCAGGAAAAGUCACUUGGACAAUCUGCAUAAAGUGCGGAACUGGUGCAGAAAGUACAAGGUGGCCUUCAAAAUCAACUCAGUGAUCAACACCUUCAACAUUAAUGAAGAUAUGACAGAGCACAUCACUUCCCUUAAUCCUGUGCGCUGGAAGGUGUUCCAGUGUCUGCUGAUUGACGGUGAGAACACAGGAGGGAACAGCCUUCGGGAAGCGGAGAAAUUUGUCAUUGGUGACCAGGAGUUCCAAGAUUUUUUGGACCGACACCAGAGCAUUGAGUGCCUGGUCCCAGAGUCUAAUCAAAAGAUGAGAGACUCCUAUCUGAUUCUGGAUGAAUAUAUGCGUUUUCUGGACUGUCGAGCAGGAAGGAAAGACCCGUCAAAGUCCAUUCUGGAUGUUGGGGUGGAGGAGGCCAUCAAGUUCAGUGGAUUCGAUGAGAAGAUGUUUCUCAAAAGGGGGGGCAAAUAUAUAUGGAGCAAAGCAGAUAUGAAACUGGAUUGGUGAUUAACUUCAGUAUUUACCAUGUUUGUUGGCUAACACAUCCCUUUUUUAUGUUCCUGACAACUCAGUAAUAAGUAUGUUACUAUGUCAUGUUAUUUAUCUAUGUGCUAUAUUUUUGCUAUAUGCAUUAUUUUAUUUGUAAUGGAUGGAUUGGAUUGGAUGGAUUGUUUUCUCUCAGUACUAGCCUAUUAAUGUUACAUUACUUUUGAUCUAUAUGUGCUCAGAAGUACUCACUUUAUUUAGUAUAUUAAAUAUAGCAUUAUGACACAUAGGAAUACUCCUUUUUAGUAAAACAAGCCUAAGUUUUGUUGUUGUUUUUUUUUGUUUUACCAUACUAAAUUAUUUGUUAGACAUAAAUGGGUUAUAUACUGUGUGUAUAUUCCUCACUUUCUCUGAUCUCAUGGCUUUACUGGAGCAGCAAUACCCUUAACAUAAAAGCAUAAUUGUCUAAAGCAUAAAAGCAUAAACAUCUUUUGGUAUUCACUUUGCACAAAUUACAGCAUUAUGUCAAUAUCUGUGUUAAAUAAAGGUCUAUAUUUGUGACAAAACCUA